UCCUGUCAGAAAAAAUAUGCAACUAUAAUAACACUAGAAAUCCUUACUAAGUGUUGCGCCGUUUUUGACGCCGACACCCAAUUUGUCCUAGAAUUAGCAAUUCCAUGUUUCUGGAAAUUCCUUAGCUAGCUUCGAAGGGGCACAGAAUACUGGGAUCAUCGCCAUCUCUCCAUCAGAUUCGUCCGGUUGUUACCAGAUAUUUUCCUUCUCACAACCCUCUUAACUGAGACUAGUGGAUACAAUAUGGUACUCCAUUCGGACACAGGUUCCGCACAUUGGCAAUGGCGCUCUUCUAAAUGGUUCGUCCUAGCCACCGUCGCCGUAGCCCUAUUCAUCGAAAUAUUCCUCUAUGGCUUUCUUGUUCCGAUGCUGCCUUACAUGCUCGAAGAGCGGCUACAUCUAGGCCCAGAUCAAACGCAGCGUUUCACCUCCAUCUCACUCGCCCUGCACGGCCUGGUAUCCAUCUUUGGGGGCCCGCUCAUUGGGCAUUUCGCAGACAAGGCGCCAAACCACAAGAUCCCGUUUCUCAUUGCACUGUUGGGAUGUAUCAUCGGGACAGUCAUGGUCGCCUGUGCGACGUCUGUGGGUGUGUUCUUCGGCGGACGCGUGUUGCAGGGGAUUUCAGGGUCUGGAGCGUGGAUUGUGGGCCAGGCGACGGCGACGAAUGCAGUCGAUCCGGAGCAGAUCGGGACCACGAUGGGGAUUCUUAUGGUCUUUGUGAAUGCAGGGAUGAUUACGGGGCCGAUGGUCUCAGGCUUUAUCCUGGAGGCGGCAGGGUAUUGGUUUACGUGGAGUGUGCCCGUGGUGCUAUUGCUCAUCGAUGCCGCGGCUCGUCUGUUGAUAGUCGAGAACCCCGAGAGACCUAGUACCAAGGCCUCGACAGAGACAGACGAAACAGAGAGUCUUCUGCCUUCGCAGGAACGUGGUCGAGAGGGCUUGUCUGCUCCGAGCUCGAACUUCUGGCGCAUAAUGCUAAGCAAUAGCCGCGUGAUGACGGCCUUGCUGAUUGGGAUCUGGGGUCCGACCGUUGGCACAAGCUUCAACGCCACACUUCCACUCCAUGUGCACGAUAUCUUUGGGUGGGGUCCCUCUCGUGUUGGACUGAUGUUCUUCCUGCUGGCUGUGCCGGGUCUACUCUUCAGUCCGCUCGCGGGAUAUCUUCGUGAUUGCAUUGGCAGCCGAAAACCAGCUUCUAUCGCACUUGGCCUGCAGGCAGUGUUCCUAGCCCUGUUAGGAUUCGCUGGAAACAAUCAUUUUGACUGGGCUGGCUCUGGUAGUCGAGGCCCGGCACUUUAUAUUCUUUCCAUCGUCACAAUGGGCAUCCUGCGACCUUUUGUCUCGGGUGUCGGGCCCGUAGAGUUAGCCUCCGUCGUCAAGGCAGAAGAAGCAAAGAAUCCAGGGAUCUUCGGGCCGCGAGGAGGCUACUCACGUGUCUUUUCUCUGCUUGAAGUCGCUGUCACGGCUGGCAUGACGAUUGGCCCCGUUAUCUCUGGCGCCCUUGUUGAACGAUUCGAUUACUAUCGAAUGACCUGGACAUUGAGUGAGUCAUUCCCCCUCUCUUCAACUCCCAUGGUUCUUGUUGAUCUUCUCAGGCGGUAUAUCCAUCAUCAUGGCUAUCUUAGCCUGUAUCUUCCUAAAAGAUAAAGGUAAGAUACAGACAGAAAGCGCCGAGCAAAGGUAGAUCUGAAAAGAUUCGAAAAAAACUAUGAAAAGGGUGUCAAAAAGGUAUUAUACAUAUUUCUCAGGAUAUUUUCUAUUAAGAAUAGAUCAAUCUAAACAACAAUAUCCAAGUUCCAAGUCAAAUUUGUUAGUUUACAAGUUAAAUGCCC